GAGCUCAGCGACGAGGAAGUGUAAAGCCUUGUUUGACCCUGUAACACUUUCUAACAGUGUUACGAUAUUGUCGUCCGCACUGCAGUCGAAUGAGGCGUGAGAAAGAUUGGUCAGCAACAUGGAAACUGAUGUAAAGGACGACCAUAUAAAACCUCCUGAGAAAUCUCCAGGUGGUUCAAUGGAGGUUCCUGAUUCGGCUAACAAGAUGAAGCUGAAGGAGUCCAAUGGGACGGUGGGCAAGAAGGUGAUGAAGGGGAAGGCCAAGCCCUUGUAUUUCUGGUCAAGUGCUGACGUCAACAAAUGGCUGCGGAAACAUGGAGGGCAGUGUUUUGAUCUGUAUGGGGAACUGUUCAGUCAGCAUGAUGUGACAGGGAGAACACUGAUACGGAUGAAUGAGAUAAAACUAGAAAAGAUCGGUAUUACGAGUAAUGAACACAGGAAAGACUUGAUGCAGCAUAUUCUCCGAUUGAGGCUUAAGCAUGAACUGACUGACUUGAAAAAUCUGGACCAGAAAGGAUCAGGGUUUGAGCUCAAGUUGCCUGAGCCUCGCUUGCAGCCUGAGAAACAUGACAAAUCUACAAAACUGACACCAGCAGGAAUCAAGUAGAGUCUGCACUGUACGGACUCUCCAUACACUUGACAAGAAUGGGGCCGAGAAGAGUGAAGUUAUUUCAGUCAGUGUGUUAAAAUUGACAUCAACCCCAGGAAUUACCACUGAGUGGUUUUCAGCAAGUCAGGUUUUACUGAUGCUAAAUAUAGUGUCAGUUGUUGCUAUGGUAACCAAUGAUGUAAGGUCAAAUGCAUUGUGAUGGUUACUAAAGCUGACUAUGCAGAAGACUGGGCAACUGUUUCCAUGGCUUGGAUAUGCACAAGGUGUUUCCAUGGUAACCAAUUCUGAUUAUAGUAUAAAGAGAGCUUGCUGUCACCGUGGUUACUGAUGCUCCAGGUUUGAAGAAAGAGGAGCUAGAUAUUGCAAGAGUUACUGCUACUUACUAGCUAGUGAAUGGUGAAGGAAUUGUGAGUUAAUGCUACACUGGAUUUUAUUGAUGCUACUAUAUUUUAGCUUACAAAGGGUUUGCAUUGGCAACCAAAACAUAAGCAAAAUAAUUGCUCUGGGCAGUGGUAUGUAACCAUGGAAACGUCUGCCUGUGCAAAUCUGUGGUGCUGUGACCAGUUUGGAAUCUGAAUGAUGAACUGUGAAGAGGAAAUUCUGAGAAAAUGACUCAAGGGUCAAUGUCAUGUUGAAAUAUGUUGAAAAUUCACAAUGUUCUUCGGAUGAAUUCAGUGGUCUGAACAGCAGAUACUAGGAUCAUCAGCACUAUCUCGUGAACAUCUCUUUAAGCAUGAUCAGUAGAUUUGGGAGAAAUUUUGUUAUUACUGACCUAAAAAUAUGAUACUGUCAGUGAGAAACUACAAAUUUAGUGAAGUAGUAAAUCAACUGAUACCCCCAUGGGGAAACCAGGUUGACAGUAUCCAAAUAGUCCUUAGCUUACUUUGAGCUAGUGGAUGAUAUAAGGUAACAAGAUUUGGGGGAAAAACAACUUGUCCCUCUUGAUUUUCACUAGUCUUAGUCUAAGAGACUACUGUUUGUCUAACCUUGUCCUCCUUUUGAGUCAUUCCAGGUGAAAGAAUUAAACAAUUUUACUGAGUUUUUCUAUCACGUGAUACAUAAGUUAAUUCAAUUUUACCGUAACCAUGGUAACAUGUAAAGUAUGCAGUAUUUUUGGUUUUUAAGGACAUGCAUAAUUACUCAUUUCUGUAAAGUUCAGACUCCACGGAAGACAUAAUCAUGUAACGUUAUUCUGAUGAUUAUACAAACAUUUUGUUUGGUUACCAUGGUUACCUCAAAGUUUUAAAGAAAUCUGUCAGUACAGAUUGUAACUCAUACACUGUUGUGUUAUGGUAUUUGCUGUUAACUAAGACAGCUUAAGCCUCAGUGACAGGAUCUUCAACUUUGUAAAUUAUACUUUUGUUGUAUGCAUUUGUUGUAUAUAAUUUUAUGAUCUAUUUAUUUGUGUUGAUUAAUCGAUGAACUUCAUGCAUCAUAUCCCAACAGUUCUCUGUAUGUGACAGUCAGGAUUUGCACUGUUCAACAAGGCAAGGAAACGGUUCAACAUAUUGUAUGAUAUGCUAAUGAGAUGGUAUGUGCUAGAACAUAUUGGGUCAGUGUCUGUUGAUGAAAUACUGAUGGUGCACGAAGCGACUGUGAAUAUUGUAGUUGGUAGGUCGGUCACUGUAUCAAGCUGUGGAGUCCCUCCACAAUUAACUUCCAAGUGAACUGUGCUUAACAGUGGCAAGCUUGACUGUUACACACGUCUUUCAUUCUUGGAACCUGUCUCAAAAGCUUUCAGGUUUUUAUUAAGUGUUUUUUUAACUGUCGAUGAAUUUGUCCUUGUAAACAAUGGUCAGAUAUAGUACUAAGUUUUGGUGUUAAACAAUGUUUGCUUGAAGGUACAAAUGGCAACGUUUUUCAUGAUUUAAGCGUUAACAGAAAACCUCACACAUACAAACACCUUAUUCAGAUUUCGAAAAUGGGAAAUCUUUUGAGACAGUUCCAAAUAAAGUGCAAUAAAAUGCAUAUUAUAUUCCUUAAUGUAUGCACAGAAUAUUUCUCUCAUUUAAGAUGUCUAAUGAAUGAAUGCACUGGAAAAGUCACUUUGAGUAUCAUGUCAACCCUUUCAACUAUCAUUUUAAAUAUCCUGAAAGUCUAACCAAUCAUUUGUAAGCUCAUUCAUAACAUGGCGUAGUUUUUUUUCUUUUGUUACCAGUGUUAACAUUGGUUAAGAAGAGAAUGUAGUCCUGCUGUCAGUGGUAAGAUUGGUUAAUACAUGAAUAUGUUCAGUUAUCAGCAUGAUCCAUGUCAACCCUAGUUGAUAAGAAAAUGUAUUCCUGUUAUCAUUGCGUUAAUACAGGAAUAUAUUCUGUUAUCAGCAUGAUCAGUGUUAACAUGAGAAUAUGUUCAUCUGUUAUCAGGGUUAUUCAUAUAGAUAUUCUCUGUAUUAAUGGUCAUCAGCAUGAUCAGUGUUAACAUGAGAAUAUGUUCAUCUGCUAUCAGUGUUAAUACAUGAAGAUAUGCUCUGUGUAAAUGGUCAUCCGCAUGAUCAGUGUUAAUAUUGGUUAAUAUGAGAAUAUAUUGUUACCAAUAUAACCAUAGGUAAAUUAUAGAAUAUUUCCUGUUAUCAGUGUUAACACUGGUGACUGGUUAAUACAUAAACAUAUUUUCUGUUCCUUGUGUAACCAUUAGUAACUACCUGGUUAAUAUGAGAAUAUAUUCUGUUAUCAGUGUAAAAAACUGGUUGAUAAAUCAACAUAUUCUGUUUUCAAUGUUAACAUUGGUUAAUACAUGAAGAUAUUUUCUGUAAUCAAUGCUACCACUGGUUGAUACAUCAACAUAUUCUGCUGUCAGUGUAACUAUUGGUAAAUUACGGAAUACUUUCCCUCUUAUCAGUGUUAACAUUGGUCUACAAAGGAAUACCUUUAUUGCAAUUUCUGAAGAUAACAUUGGUCUAAAAUUCAGUCUCGACUGACCCUCGCACCACCCCUUCCGUCAGUGCCUCCAUAUAUACAGGUAUGCAAUCGUCAGUGUAGUGGUGUGAAAGGAUGUUAUUCAUGUGUCUUGUGAUAUUUUGUGUUAGUUUAGAGGUGAGUGGUACUGGGGUCAAAUAUUUUAUAAAAAGGGCCUGAGCAAGUAUAAACUAACCUUUAACUUGACUACAAUUGAAAUUUCAUGAUUAAGAACCUACCUAAUCAAGAGGGAGACAAUCAUACGACUAAUUUAUCUCAAGAACCAUGUCUUGGCUCUGAUUAGUCUUCCUUUGAAGGGGCGGUGGGGUAGCUUAGUGGUCUAAGCGUUCACUCGUCACACUGAAGACCUGGUUUCGAUUCCCCACGUGGGUACAAUAUGUGAAGCCCAUAUCUGGUGUCCCCUGACGUGAUAUUGCUGGAAUAUUGCGGCGUAAAAACUAAACUCACUCUUCCUUUGAAAAUUUCUUUCAUGAACCUGACAUAUACUCUUAGAGAUAAACUGAAAACAUUUAGUUCACGUCCAAAUGGAUAGAUAUCCAUAAUGAAAGUCUCAUUUCACAUGUUUUUCUCUCCAUUUGCUUUAAUUAUGCAGAUCCAACUAUAAUCUGCUUAACAAUAUCUCUAAAGAAAGAUAGCCACUGAUGUAUGACAGUAAAAGUUAGCAUUUUGUUCAGAAUAACUGUUCUAAGAACUAUGUUGGUAUAUAAAGUUCCACUGUAUAAUUCCUUGUUCAUACCACACAGUUUCUGCAAACAAAAGUUUAAAUGAGCCUCACUUCAAUAAUGAUCAUGUUGAAAGUAAGUCUCCACCAAUGGAGAGCAGGAUAUACCCUUGUCCCCAUGUGCAAGUUUAAAUCUGACCCUGUAAAGAGUUAUUAUUUGGAGAGUAACUGUCCUACUAGGACUUAAGUAAUCUGUUAACUUUGAACAGAAAUUUGUCCCUUGUAUUUAAUAUGCCGAGUAUGGGGUACUUUUAUUAUCAUAGGAAUGCAAUGUGUAUCUUCAUUUGAGGGGUGCAUGGGGGAAAACAGUUUAGUUACUGUUGCAUGGAUAUUGCUGAACGUUUAUCAUGUUUAUGGCAAAGUUUGCAUGCAAUUUUGUGUAUUAUCAGUAUAGCCAUUUGCAGACAGUUCAUGUAUAUUGUCAAUACUGACUUGUUUUUGCCAGUACCAUGUACCUAGUAUAUUUUGUAUUCCUAUCUUCAUGUGACAGAAUGUGACUGUUUAUCUCCCUUAGUUCUUGAUAUUUUAUUCUCUGCAGUUAAUGUGAGAUACAUCCAGAGGUCUUGCAUCAUUAAUGUUAGUGAUAACCUAUAUAUUUUUGUGCCAGAAGCCAUUUACAGAAAACAUAAAAAGGUCACAUUUGUUUUAUUUUUUAAAUUAUCUUAGGUAGAAAAUACAAUUUUAUGAAUUUGUUUUCAUGUGAAAAGAUACAUGGGUCAAUAGAUUUGGUUGAUCAUGCAGAUACAGUAAAUUAUGUUAAAUGCAUUUUUGAUCUACCCAUAUCAAAUCUUGAAUAACCUUACUGGAGAUAAUUAUUACCUUUUAUUUUAGCAUCACAUGGAGCAUUUGUAAUCUGUAAAUUGUGGCCUUGGUGUUUUGCGAAAAAAGCUGUCGGGAUUAAUGUGUGCUGUGACACUUGUCCCUGGAAUUACACACACACACAUAUAUAUAUAUAUAUAUAUAUUGGUGUCUGGAGAGAAGUAUUCCAAUUGGACCUUGUAUUUGCCGGAACUUGAAUUGUAGCCAGUGCUUCCCUGAGUAUGUGGGUAUGAGUGUGUCUUUUUCAUUGUCACUGGUCAGUCACGAACAUUUCCAAACAUUUCCCACAACUUUGAUGCCAUUUGAAUUCUCAGCUGGGUCAAGAUUUCAGUUGUUUAUGCAGCUUUAAGAAUAUGACCCUGGUUAUCUCUAAGAAAGACAUGACAGAGAACAUAUUGAAAUUAUUUGAACUUACGAGUUGCAGGUGAACUGCAUCACAACAAUACUGAAAGAAAUUGUUCCCAUUCUUUUAUAGAGGUUCUUUGAAAGUGAUCUGGAAAACUAUGACCAUCUUGUAAUUUCUUAAAAUCAUCAGUCCAUCCUAUAUUUCUUUCUGCUAGCAAACAAGGAUAAGUUGAGCACCGAACCGACAAUUGACUCGUAUUAGUGCCACCCACUGGUGCUUGCCAUUGUUAGCAAAGGGGCCUAGGUUGUCCACGAUCAAGUGUAAUGUGACUUGCUACACCGACGUGAGAGUCUUAUGAGCAAGGUGUGUGCAGCUACGCGCAGAAUCAAUUUCAUCUUCAUGCAAUGCACGUGCACUAGCCUUCAUCUGCUCUACCUUUCACAAACCAAAUGGGUCUGCUCAUUGCCGUGCACCGCCUGCUUCUCGUAAACGCGUUCUCUGCGCCGGUCCAACUUAUCCUUGUUUGCCAGUAGAGUUGGUAAGGAUACAGAGCAUAGUUAAACAUUAACGUUUUAUCAGUUGCAGUGUAAUGGUAAAAGAAUUCCUGAGAGCUUGUUGCCCCUCACAUUACAGAACACCUAUGUCAUCACUAUGCAGGCUAUUAAAGUUUCCAGGCUACUUUCUCUCCUGUGAUGUAACAUGCAGGUAUUGUUCUUCACCAAACCAAACUAUUGUUUGACCAUUUGCCAAACCAUGUUAACUACAGGUGGAAUGAAAGGAAUUAAGGUCUAUUUGAGAUUAAUUUCACACGCAAAACAUCCAGAAAUCUAAUGCAAGAGAAAGGAAUUAGAAGGUUGAUUUGAAAUUAUUUUCAUACGAAAGACAUCUAGAAAUCUAAUGGAAGAAAAAGACAUUUUCUGUCUAACAUUUUGGGUUUCAUCCUCGCCAAAGAAUGAGAAUAUAAUUUUGUUUGCUGUGCCUGAAGGCAGGUACUGAAGUUGUACCGUGAGUGCAAGGCAUGGAAAUGUAAUGGUCAAGCACUGUACUGUUUAAAACCAGUUAAAUACAUGGUGCUAUAUGUGUAUACGACAUUGAUAGAACAAAACAUACACAUAAUGUACAUUUAAUGAUAAUAAAAUGAUUCGUACAGUUA